AUGGCUGUCGACCGCUCCGAGUUCUUGAGCAGUAUAUAUAGGGAGGGAAUAUUCAACGACAGGGUCGUCUUCGUCACUGGAGGCGCAGGUACCAUCUGCAAGGUACAAACAAAGGCUCUCGUCUAUCUCGGCGCAAACGCUUGCAUCCUCGGCCGUAAUGUCGAAAAGACAGAGGCUGGAGCUAAAGAGAUAGCCGCCGUCCGCAAGGGCGCCAGGGUUAUCGGUAUCGGGGGAGUCGACGUCAGAAACUUCGACAGCCUUAAGGCUGCCGCCGAUCGUUGUGUAAAGGAGCUGGGUGCUAUCGACUUUGUAAUCGCCGGCGCAGCGGGCAACUUUGUCGCUCCCAUAUCCGGCCUGUCCCCCAACGGCUUCAGGUCCGUCAUUGAGAUCGACACCAUCGGCACGUUCAACACCGUCAAAGCCACGGCGCAACACCUGGUAGAGUCGGCCGGGCGGAACCCCAACCCACCACCCGCCGGCCAGGUCGGGACAGGAGGACGGAUCCUGGCCGUCUCGGCCACCUUUCACUACACCGGCCUCCCUCUGCAGUCCCAUGUUAGCGCCGCUAAGGCCGGAGUGGACAGCAUCAUGGCGAGCGUCGCCCUGGAGUACGGCCCCAUGGGCGUCUGCGCCAACGUUAUCUCUCCAGGCGGCAUCGAUGGCACUGAGGGCCUAGAGCGGCUCGCGAGCAGUACAGCUGCCCAGAGUGAGGCGGCCACCCUUGCCAUCCCGAGUGGCAGGUGGGGCACUGUCCGCGACAUUGCGGAUGCUACGGUGUGGUUGUUCAGUGACGCUGCCAACUAUGUGAACGGACACGUCCUCGUUGUCGACGGGGCAUCCUGGAGGAGCCCUGGUUCUAUGGCCGUUGGUCUUGAUGAGGGCAUGCAGUAUCCCGGUUUCUUAAAGACUGGGCACUCUAAGAACAUAAAGACUGGGAAGAAGACAGAUAGUAAACUGUAG